AUGGCGGUCUUUAGAAUGGACAUUGUGCUAUACGGAGAAUUCUUUUGCGGCUCUUUUCAUGAUGCACACUUAUUCAAGGAGUGUCCUGAUGUGCGAGGAAAGAUUGAUUCAAUUGAUCUCAGUCAGUUGGAUCUUUCUACAGUUCCUAAUACGACCAUUGCUAGCGAGUUCGCAGCUUUCAUUGCCGGUGCUCUAGGAAUCAGCAAGUUCAACCUCAUUCCGAUCCCAGACGAAUUGAUCUACCCAGAAUUCCCUCCUCAUCUCACCAGGGUCCCAAGUACAGUACCAAAGGAGUACUACAUCAAGAGACCUUCAGUUUUGGGUCAUGACGGAAAACAUACUCUCACCGCCGAAACGGUUCUACAAGAGACUAAGGUUGGAGAGGUUCUGAUGAAGAACCCCCAUCCAAACAUUGCCUACUACCGAGGAUGUGAGGUCGUGGAUGGCAGGAUCCGUGGCCCUUUCUGGGAUAGGUGCGCAAUGACUCUGCACGACCAUUUGCGGGCAGAAAAGCCUUUAGACGUUGAACACUUCCUGCAAGGUUUGGAAGAUGGUCUACGCCAUCGUCACAAUUUGGGUUACUGUUACAAUGAUAUCAACGAAUCUAACGUGUUGCUUGACGAUGAUGGUAACGCUGUUAUUAUUGACUUCGAUUUAUGCAUGCUCCAGGGGAAGACGUUAUUAAAGGGCGGUGGACAUCCAGGAUUUACUUUGGGAGGGAUGCAAUUUUCUGAUCCCAAGAACGACAUGUAUGCUUUCAGGCAGAUGUUAGAACACUUGCAUGGACCUAUGACAGAUUAUCAGUGGGUUGAUGAUGAGGACAUCGGGGAAUUCGAUGAUGGGUAG